GCAAGAGCAGGGAGCCGGCAGCGUUGGGUCGGCCCCUUAGGGCCUUGCUCUGAAGCCCCGCCUUCGCUUCGGUCUUUCUGGAAAGCCCGCUUUGAUCUCGGCUGUGCCGGUCGGUUAUUUCGCGGGCGCUGUGGGUGUCCUCGGAGCCUCCUGGUGCACCGGGCGGGCGAGACCCUCUGCGGACGCGCAGUUCCGGCGGUCGCGGCGGCCGAAGCACCCGGCUGGGAAGCCGGUUACCCGGGUGGUGGCCCGGUGCUGACGUUUUGUCCCUCCUUUCUCCUCCUUGCGCGAUCGAGGCGUCCCGGGCGCGCGUGUGAAUCCCCCAUGGCAGAUACGACCCCGAACGGCCCCCAAGGGGCGGGCGCCGUGCAAUUCAUGAUGACCAAUAAACUGGACACCGCGAUGUGGCUGUCUCGCUUGUUCACGGUGUACUGCUCUGCUUUGUUUGUUCUGCCUCUUCUUGGGUUGCAUGAAGCAGCAAGCUUUUACCAGCGUGCCUUGCUGGCAAAUGCUCUGACCAGUGCUUUGAGGCUGCAUCAGAGGUUACCACACUUCCAGCUGAGCAGAGCGUUCCUGGCCCAGGCCUUGUUGGAGGACAGCUGCCACUACCUGUUGUAUUCACUCAUCUUUGUCAAUUCCUACCCUGUUACAAUGAGUAUUUUCCCAGUCUUGUUGUUCUCUUUGCUUCACGCUGCCACGUAUACAAGGAAAGUCCUUGAUGCAAAGGGUUCUAAUAGUUUACCUCUGCUGAGAUCUGUCUUGGAUAAAUUAAGUGCUAAUCAACAAAAUAUUCUGAAAUUCAUUGCUUGUAAUGAAAUUUUCUUGAUGCCUGCUACUGUUUUUAUGCUUUUUAGUGGUCAAGGAAGCUUGCUCCAGCCUUUUAUAUAUUAUAGAUUUCUUACUCUACGAUAUUCCUCUAGAAGAAAUCCGUAUUGUCGGAUCUUGUUUAAUGAACUGAGGAUUGUUGUUGAACAUAUAAUAAUGAAACCUGCUUGCCCGCUGUUUGUGAGAAGACUUUGUCUACAGAGCAUUGCCUUCAUAAGCAGACUGGCGCCCACAGUUGCGUAGUCUAAUGUCUAGUUAAGCUGUAUAUCUCUAUAUAACAUAAGCAUUAUUAACCGCUAGUACUUCUGCUAGGGGUUGUAAAUUCCAGGUGUGACACUGACCUCAAUCCAAUUUACGUAAUUUACAUAAAUGCAUCUCACUGGAAAAAUAAUCAUUUUCUUGGCAUGUUAAAUCAAGCCUUUUAAAAUUUUUUUGAGAAAAUUUUACUGCACUAUAGCUCAUGAUUAAGGAAGUUUGUUUGUAGUGAUAAAUGUACUACAUUUUUUUUUUAUGCUUCUGUGCCUGUAUCAUGAACUACAUUUAUUUCUCUUGUAAAAUAGCUUUAAAAUUUGUUUCAGCCUAAUUAGUAAUCUGAGUUUAUAUCUGGCAUGAGUUCAUUAUGAUAAUAUAAAAAAAUAUGUGAAUUCAGUAUACUUUGAGACAGUAUUGUUUUGCCAUUCAGUAAUUUUGGUUGGUGAUUGUAACAGAAGCAUUCCCACUGUGUAUAAUUCCAGAUUGUUAUUUUGUGCUGCUUUCUUAGGAUAUAACAUUAUAGGAGGUAAUCUAUAUGUAUCUUAUGCUGUGGCCUUCUGAGAUUUUAAUUAUAUAAGUAUUUCUGUUGUCUUUGAACAUUAAAAACAAAAGGCUCAACUGGAAGCUUAUUUGCCAUUGGGUAAACAAGUGGGGUCUGCUGACUGUGUUACAUCAGAAGGCAGUAGUGAUCAGCUCUCAGAAUCUCCUUGAGAAACAUUUUCAAGCAGGAAAUCCUUUUACAAAUGUGGACACAUAAGUUAUUUAUGUUAUAGUUGUGCAAUUACCUAGUUCGUAUUCUUGACUGCCAAUUUUCUCCGUUUCUUAGGCUUGAAUUUUCCUAGACAAAUACAGAAGUUCAGAUGCCUUUUCAAAGGAAUGUAACUGAAGAUUGAGCAUAUAUUUGUGUCUGUUCUGAAAUAAUAAUGAAGAGUAUCUUGUAGAUUACAUAUUUACUUAUUAAAUCUGAUUUAACAGGUUAAAAGGUUUGUUGGUAAGGUAAUUGGGAAUGAAGCAAGGUGGGGCACUGGGGACAGAUAGUGCAUAUUUUACUCUCAUAACGCAUAGAUCAAUUUGGGGGAAUCUGAUGUAUUCUGCAACUGUGAUUUGGGUUGUAUCAUAUGUUAAAUCUGUUUGUUGAACUCCCAUCAACGUUUUUAUAAAAUUCAUUCUGAUACUUACUACUACUGCAUGAUAGGAAAUGUUUAAAAUAUUGCAUAAUGUUAUGGUUUUUGUAACCAGUUUGCUUCUGCCUGCAUGUAAUUUGGAUUUCUAAAAUAUACUCAUUAGCAAUUUAUCAGUAACAUCAGUUUUUUUUGCUUGUUCAACUUCAUAAUCUCUGGAAAGGUGACAUUUUUAGAAUAAAAUAGAAAGAUUUAUCUGAUAGCUUCACUAUAACCAGCUAUUUUUAUAUUUUUGUAAUAUCAAUUAAGUUGGAGAAGCAACCUCAUAAUAGUUGAGUGUGUAUGUGUGUGUGUCUAGCCUCAUUUUCACUCAAUAUGUAAUAUAAUGCUUUAAAAAAAAACCUUUCUAGAGCAAUAAAGUGAUUAUAAUGUUAAGUAAGCAUUCAUUUCUAAUGAUCUUAAGUCUUGAAUUUUACAAAUUUUGGCAGCUGAAAGGUUAUUUAUUUUGAAGUUAUUAAUUUUUUGCCUCCAAAUUUUUUUUUAAAGAUUUACUUAUUUACUUGAGAGGCAGAGUUACAGACAGAGAGAGGGAGAGAGAGGUCUUCUAUCCACUGGUUUACUCCCCAAAUAGCCACAGUGACCGGAGCUGGGCCAUUCUGAAGCCAGGAGCCAGGAGCCUCCAGGAGUCCGGGCCUCCAGGGGCCCAAGCACAUCCUACUGCUUUCCAAAGUCAUGGCAGAGAGCUAGAAGAGGAGCAGCUGGGACUCAAACCAUUCCCGUUAUGGGAUUCCAGUGCUGCAGGUGGUAGCUUAGCCCUCUACACUGGCCCCCCUCCAAAUUUUUUUUUAUCUGGAGAUAACUUUAUAUUUAUAGAAUAAUUUCAAAAAUAGUGUAGAGCGUUUCCUGUAUACCUUUUAGUCAGCGUCCUCUUGUGUUAACAUUUUGCAUGGCUGAAGAACAUUUAUCAGAAGUACAAAAUUGACCUUGAAACAAUAUUAACUAAAGUAAAAAAUGUACUUGGUUUUCACCAGUUUUUCCGUGUGUGUGUGUGUGUGCCCUUUUUUUUUUUUUUUUUUUUUUUUUUUACCAUGACCAUCUUUUAAAGAUUUAUAAAUUUGGUUUUUUUUCUUCUUUAUUUUGAAAAUUAUUGUUGGUUAAAAGUAUUUCCCUAAGGGAAAUGAUUCACGUUGACUUUUAACAAAAACAUGUUUAACAUUAAAACUACUGCAGUUUCAAGCACUGGUUUUAAAUCAAGGCUUUUUAAUCACUAGCAGGAUUAUAUUUCUGAUAUACUCAUGUUUGAACAGAAAUACAGAUUUGUUCCUUAAAGGGUGGCUUACUUAAUAAAUAAAAUACUCUUGAAUUCAUGAAAAAGUAAAUUUGGCAGUUUGAACAUUAUUAGAUACUUAGUUUACAUGAGCUUAUCGCUAGAAAUUCUGCAGUAUAAUUAUGUACAAGCAGCUUCUUGGCACCUGAUAUUAUAGUGUUCAGUGUAUGCCUGUCAAAUUAAAAUUAGGGAAAUACAGAUAGUAUAAACAAGAAUGCAGAAGGAGAAGUUAACUCUUUAGUCUUAUUAAACUCUUCUGGACAGGUGGAGCCUCACACAGGGAUUUUAUCUUCCUUUUGUGUACUUGGUUUCUCAUUAAUUUAAACUCUACUUAACAUUAGUGCAGAGAGAUUUCUUUUUUUUUUUUUUUUUUUUUUUUGACAGGCAGAGUGGACAGUGAGAGACAGAGAGAAAAGUCUUCCUUUUGCCGUUGGUUCACCCUCCAAUGGCCGCCGCAGCUGGCGCGCUGCGGCCGGCGCACCGCGCUGUUCCGAUGGCAGGAGCCAGGUGCUUCUCCUGGUCUCCCAUGGGGUGCAGAGCCCAGGCACUUGGGCCAUCCUCCACUGCACUCCCUGGCCACAGCAGAGAGCUGGCCUGGAAGAGGGGCAACCGGGACAGGAUCGGUGCCCCGACCGGGACUAGAACCCGAUGUGCCUGCUCUGCAAGGCGGAGGAUUAGCCUGUUGAGCCACAGCGCCGGCCGAGAGAUUUCUUAAAUACAGUUUAUAUUUAAGUUCUCUUUGAAUGAAGUACACUGAGGCAGGUGAUCCUGGAAGAAAAAAAAAGUUUUGUUUAAGAAUAUUCUUUAAGAGAACAUCAAGGCAAGCUAAUAAUAAACCAGAAGUCAAUGAAAAAUCAAUGCAUUCUAUUAUGUCAUUCCGAAAUGCAAAGCUUCCUUUCUUCCUAAUGAGCAGUAGCAAAAGAUUCAGGUUAGUUUUGAUACGUUUAGGACAUGAUUAUUAUUUAUACUGAAAAGGAAAAUGAGUAUAUAUGUGACUACUGAGAGAUUUCAUUUUUAAAAAGGUUUCUGAUUAGAAUAAGUGAAGUUAAUUUUGAAGGAUUAUGUAAAGCCCCUUAAGUAAUGCUAAGGAAUUUAAUUAAUAUAGUUACUCUAGAGCCCCACCCCACCCCAUUCUCCUUAGAAUCUGCUAGCUUCACAGCUGUCACCCUUAUUAGAUGAAUUUUGAUACUCCAGAAAUGAAAAUUUCCAGAAAGAAAUUAGCCACAGUUACGUUUUUAAUCAGUAGGUGGCACUCUUUGCUCAAGGAGACCCCUGCCCUCGUUUUUGCAGGCUGUGUUAAAUGCCUCUGAAUGUGCUGAGUCAGUCAUAAAACUAAGGAUCUGAAUUCCAUGACCUUUGUCAAUGUGUAAUCAUUUAGUAUUGAACAAUAUUUAAUAAUCAUUUACUGUGAGUACAUUUUUAAAAAACGAAAUUUUCAAAAGAAGUACCUUGUCACUAUGUACUUUCCAGAAAAACAGUAAAAUAGGCCACAUUUGGAAGUGGUAUCAUUCA